CUGCUGAAACAUCUGGGACUGCAUCCUGAUGCCCCCCCCCUUCCCCCUGCUGCUGUGCUCUCCAUAGUCGAGUACCCAGAGGAGAGGCUGGGCUCUGCAGAGCGUGUGGAGCCCUUCAGCAUUGUGGCACCAGAAGGUGCUCCUAUAGAAGAGGAUCUGCCCAAGGCCCCAGAUGUGAAGGUCAGUUCUUCCAAGGGCCAUCCAAAGACAGGUAAAGCAACCAGCAGAGACACCUCUGCAAAGGAGAAGCAUAUCUCCACACAGAGAGCAGAAAGUCCCCGGGAUUCCUCUGCAACAGGAUCCAAAAGUACAGUGGGAGGUGCCUCAGUCCCCACAGAAUUCCUCAGGCUGAAACGGUACCGGUGGAUAGUGCCUGCCCACGGUGAGGUGGAACUGAAGGUCAACUUCUCCGCCAAAAAGCCAGGGAGGUUUGAGCAGACACUGAGGUUUGAGCUCGUGCAGUCAAAGCGCCAGUACGAGCUGCCCUGCUGUGGCACCGGCCUGUACCCCAGCAUCUGCCAGAACCCACGGGUGGUGUUUCCACAGUGCAGGAAAACCAUGAAGGAAGACGAAGUCAUCUUCAAGGAAUACGUUGAGAGCACAAAGCAAUACCACUUUGGACCGCUGCUGUGUGGGAAAUCAAGAGAGUGGUACAAGACUCAGAACGGUCCCAGCAACUCGGAGAAGCUAACCAUCCUCAACAUCUCCCCUAUGGACAUAGAGGUCCACUUCUCCUUUGAGAAUGAUGGGGAAGCAGAGACAUUCCUUCUGGACCCUCCCAGCCUAACCCUGAAACCAAAGGAGAAGCAGGAGCUGACCAUUUGGGCAUACCCCACUUCCCUUGGCUUCCUGGAAGACAAGCUCAUCUGCAGCAUUGAGAAGAACCCAGAACCAGUGGUCUUCAGCCUGUGCUGCUAUGGGGUGCAUGUGAAGCUGGAGAUCAGCCCCCCAGAGCUCUCUUUUGACAAGCUGCUUCUGCACAGGACUGACAGCAGGACCUUGGUCCUGAAAAACAACAGCCUGCUGCCCAUGGCCUGGCAGCUCAAUGGGCUGGAUUACCUUGCUGAGAACUUCUCCUUGUCACAAGAUAAUGGCAUCCUUGAUCCCUCCUCAGAGUUGGAAGUGACAGUGCAUUUCAAGGCUGAGCAGAUUGGCAUAAUUGAGAAGAUCCUUCGACUAGAGGUUUCAGAUAUAGAAAACAUCCUGGGGGUUGUCCACACUGAAAACAUUGAAAUCUCUGCAGAGGUCUACGAUGUUUCUCUGACCAUUGACUUCAUACCUGAAGGUCCAGAAGGAAGCUUGGAAUUUGGAACCAUUAAUGUCAUGGAUAACGUGAAGAAAGUCCUAAGUUUAAACAACAAAGGGGUAUACAACAUUGAGUACAGGUGAGUC